AAUAAUGCUUAUUCCUAGCACAAUGCUUGGUGUUUUGACAGAGUACAAGGAUCAGCAGCAGCUCAUUUGCAUUGAAUGAAGUGUAUAUUACUUAUGUGUGGCUCUAAGCCAGUAAGAGUUGUGUGCACGAGCAACAGUUCAUUCUAAGAAAAUGCAGGGAAAGUGUCCAUCUUGUAGGAUGUUGGGGUAUAUCUGGAAGUAUUUCUACUCCUCAUGUUUGCGCUUCUGGUUGAAAUGGUUGCUCCGGCUGGUCACAGGAAGAUGCGAGUUACAGCGCAUUUGUGCCCGAUGCAAAGCUGGAGCUCUGAGGACAUCACAGAUAGAGUAUUCUCUGAAGUCCUCUAAAAGCAAGGUAUUGCGAGCUGCUAUGUCUUUGAAGGAGAAUGAUUUGGAGGAUCAUCUGGCUCAAAUAAUCCAGGAGAAGAGAAUCAAGGAGCAGAAAGAUCCUACGUUUAAGGUGAAUCUUCGCCAGUGCUUGUUACAGAUCAACGGAUAUAACAAGCUGUUUGAGGCAGUUGAGGAACUAAGAAAAGAGGUGUUCGACCCUGAAAACGAGAAACAUGAGACCAUGCUUCUGAAGUUGUGGGACUUGUUGAUGCCGUCAGUGAAGUUGGAAUCGAGGAUCACUAAGCAGUGGGGAAACAUUGGCUUUCAGGGCGAUGACCCGAAGACUGACUUCAGAGGGAUGGGGAUGCUGGGACUCACAAACCUUCUUUUUUUCAGUGAGAAAUACACCAAUGCUGCCCGGCAGGUCCUGUCACAUGCGAAUCACCCCAGACUAGGAUACUCGUAUGCCAUAGUGGGCAUCAAUCUGACCGAGAUGGCGUACAGCUUGAUGAAGAAUGAUGCUCUGAAGCUUCAUUUCUAUAACACAGUACCGGGAAAACCCCAAAUGCAGCACUUCCAUCAGUUCUACUGUUACCUGGCGUAUGAGUUCGAUAAGUUCUGGGUGGAAGAGGAGCCGGAGAGCAUUAUGGAGUUUAAUCGCUACAGGGAGAAGUUUCACGACAAGGUCAAAGGGCAACUUCAGGCGCCGGAGGUCACGCUUCUCAUGACUGUGGACCAAGAAAAGUGACUUCAGCGUUCCAGCAUCAUUUAAAAGACAAUAGGAAACCGAACAGUUCCUUUUUGUUUUCUUUUUCCAUUGACUUCAUGAUAGUUUUUAGUUGGGAAAUGUACAACGUGCAUGAAAAUUUAUUUGAAUAUUAAUAAUUAAACAGCUGUAUUAAGUGUACAUCAAGGGUACAUAGCUGGUUGUUUAGCUACAUUUACCUGGUCAGGGAAAAGACUUCCACUGUUAAGUAUUACUAAUAAUACUUUAGAAGUGAUAUUUUAAACUUCCCCAUCACACUUGAACGUUUUGGUCGUGUACACAUGAAUCCUGCUUCUUAAUGUUUACCCAUCUCAGGAAGUUGAUGUUUCUGUUCAUAAGAUUUUAAGAAGUUGUUUUUGUCUAUAUGCAGAUGAUUCAACAUCUUUGCAUGUUAAAAUGCGUUUAAGUUGUAUUAAACUUUCACCCGUCAUCGUCUGCACAAUUCUUGAUGUGGCCUAUAAACAAGUAUUUAAUAUCUAAUCGGUUGUAUGAUCUGUUCUGUGAAUAUUAUUCAGACCUCAACUCAACUCCAAAGUACAGCAUUUGUAUGCACAAACGUUAAUGUAACGCUGUGUUGUCUUAUUUAUAAACGAUGUUUGGUUUUGAAGAUGUAACUUUUUAUUCCUGAUGACCCAAUUAAUUUUAUAGUGUUGGAUUCAUACCUAAUGUUGAAGAAUAAAAUUAGUGACUGAACAUUUAUACGCAAUGUUUGCUUCUUUUCUUUAGAGCUUUUGGCAAUAAGAAUUAGUUAAAAGAUUUGAGAUUAGUAAAAUAAUUUUAUAAUUUUUUUUUUUUUUUUUAAGUGGGUAGUUUGUUUUUUUGCAUGUCUUCCAUCCUAUACCUGAUCACCAUUUCUUUUAAUCAUUUUUAUUCACCUUUUUGCCUUUACUAGAUGAUUUUAACUGUGACAUUAAUUUUUAUUUAAAUAAUCCUUGUAGUCUCAACAAAUAUGGUCAUAAAAUCUGCUUGGAUAACAAGCAAAAUGUUUAAAAGUCACCUUGUUGUAUGUUACAAAAAUGAGGUUUAUAGAAUUGAUUUUUAUAUAUAUAUAUAUAUAGCUAAUCAACAUCUGUAUGACUAAUGCAUGAUACCAUAAAUAUUUAAAAAGGCUAUAUGUUGAAUUUAGAAACUCUUGUUAAUAAUGACACUGGUGGUUGUUAUGUGAACUGCAGCCAGCAACUUAUUACUCGCACUCGUGCACACGUAACACGAGACUGAACGUGAUUCAAGUUCUUCAAGUUCUUUUUUGUUCUUUUAGAAGUAAAAAGUUGUCUUUGCAGCGAUAUUCUGUUAACAACCAUGAACCAUCCACGCUAAAACCGACAUUUAGACAUUUAAAAAAACAAAAAUUAUAGCAAUGAGAAAACAAAAGUCUGCACAAGCAAUUCACCGACAUCAUGUCGACAGAUGAGGUAAGUAAAAUUACGCAAAGAUAAAUUGAAUAUAUAGUAUAUUUGAGACUAAAGAUCUGGCUAUAUGAGACUAUAGUUUUAAUUAAUCCCUUUUCUUUGCAUAACAUAUUGACAUUACAGUACUGAAUGUUUUUUUUUCUGCAUUAUUAUGUACAUUGUAUGCAUUCGUUUCAUGUGUCAUAAGAGAGACUCCCGGGAGCGCGCGUAACCGUCACAUCCUUUUGAUUUUCCCGGCAAAAACGUCCCGAGUCAUUCGCAUAAAAAUCAGUCUUCAGGCUUUCAUAGACAACCUAAGAAGCAGGGGAAGGUCUCGUUUUUAGGUUUCGUUACAAGCUGAUCACACAUUGGCAAUAAAAAAAAACAAAACAAA